AACUGAUAAUAUCAGUUGUGGAACUUAGUCAAUUUAUUUUAUUUUUUUUUAAAGAAAAUAAAUAAAUAAAUUCCUUGAAAAGAGGAUUUUACCACUUCAAACGCUAAUUUAUUUUUUUUAAAACCUAUUUCCAAAACGUGUUACCAUGAUAAUCUGAUGAAGAAAUCGUGGGAAUAUUGAGGGAAUCAAAGGAUUGAAGAGAGAGAGUGUUCUUAUCGUUUUUUUUAAAGAGAAGAAAUUUUUGAGUUCUUGCACUUGGGAAAAAUCUGGGCAGUAAAGAGCAUUGUAGAAUCAUUCUAGGGGAGGAAAUAAACAUUUUGAGUGUGAGAAAUACAUUUAUAAAGCCUCGGAUUGUGAUUCACCAUUUUUAUCCAAGAAAAUGCAUAUUCUUGGAUAAUUUUGGAUUUAAGUGUGUUCAAGAGUGUAUGGUGUGUGUGGGUGGUGAUAAACAAGCUUAGGGGACUCCAAUAAUCGGUUUUGACGUGAAGAAAUGGGCUGAAAUGGUCUAGAGCAAGAAAAACUAAUUUUGAGCUCCAUUUUUGGCGGUACACCGGACUUGGAGAAGAAGACUUCGGAACAAGGGGUUACGGACAUCUUUUUGGGCUGGGGUCUAUUGAUUUGAAGUUCUGGACAUAAGGGGAUCAUUUUCCAAGCAAGAGAAGGAUUGGAAAGCAGCAAAAGUCAGCCAUAGAGUCGCCGUCGCCGGAGAAGAAGACAAAACCGGCGAUAUUUCCGGCGAACCCGAUCUGGGUGUUUACUGAGGAGCUAGUGGUCAUCGAGGUGACGCAGCGAGUGGUUCGAGACACGUCAGCGGAAAACGCACUGUGUAAGGAAAUUGAGAAUGCUCCCUCGUAGAUCAGUCAGAGUAGGACGUGGUCGAGGUAGGGGGAGAGCAGCAAUGAAUGCAGCACAGCCCGAACCGCCACAAGGAUGGGAGGAACGUUUUGCGAGAAUGGAAGAGACCAUUCAAAGACAGAACGCAGAGAUCAAUCAACUGAGGCAGCAAGCUGGGCCACCUGUAAGGUCUGAAGCACCAAUGGUUAGUCAGCCACCUGCCAUCGUAGGGUUACCAGUUGCGGAGAAUCGUAUGGAGCCUUUGUUUGAAAGGUUUCGAAAGCAACACCCGCCAGUGUUUGAAGGCAGCAUCGAUCCUGUCCAGGCAGAGGAGUGGAUCAGUGGGAUGGAGAGGAUCUUGAACAUGAUGGGAGUUCAAGGAAAUGAACGAGUGGUGUGCGCAUCUUUCAUGCUGAGAAAAGAUGCUCGGAUUUGGUGGGAGGUAGUGGAGCAAUCACGGGAUGUUAACACUAUGGAUUGGGACGGAUUCAAACAAGUGUUUAAUGAUAAAUACUACAACUCAGCAGUGUUAGCAGCAAAAAUGGAUGAAUUUACCAAGCUGACUCAAGGUAAUCUCUCGGUGACAGAAUAUGCACAGAAGUUCGAUCGGUUGGCGAAGUUUGCCAAGGAUCUUGUACCUACUGACAAGGUACGAGCGGACCGGUUUGUGAGAGGUCUAAAACCAAUGAUAGCUCGGGAUGUGGAGAUUGUUUCUAGAGGUGCUUUCACCUAUGCUGAAGUGGUGGAAAUGGCUCUUACGGCUGAAAGAAGCGAAGAGAGAAUCUGGAAAGAUAAUGUUGCUAGAAGAGAUGCUAAGAAGAGUGGGGCAACCACCUCCACUGACAAUAGGAAAAGGGUACAGGACCAGCCAAGCCAAGCCAGAAAUGAUAAACGGCCCAAGCCCAACAAUGACAACCGUCCUGGUGGAAAUGGUAGCAGAAACAUUCCACCUUGCCCUAAGUGCACAAAACGCCAUCUUGGUGAGUGCAGAGCUGGAGUUUGCUACAAAUGUGGGAAGGAAGGUCAUGUGAAGCGCAAUUGUCCGACAUGGGAACAAUCUGGCAGUAAGGAAGAACAGAAGAAGGAUGACAAGUACGUCCCAGCCAGAGUCUUCACCAUCACCCAAGCUGAAGCUGAGGCAAGUCCUUCCGUCAUAACAGGAGCUAGUGGUCAUCGAGGUGACGCAGCGAGUGGUUCGAGACACGUCAGCGGAAAACGCACUGUGUAAGGUAAGAAGAGUGGACAUCUGCGCAUAGGGUGUACGUUAUGCGUACAACCUUGUUUUCUUAUUUGUUAGUUAUGUAAUUAUAUUUGUGACCUGAAUUGUUGCAUUAGGUUGACUAGCAUGAGGAUAGUGCUAGAGAUUUUAGUUAGUAGACAUGCUAAGAGGAUAGAGUAGGCGUGCUACUAGAUUUUAGCUGCUUGUGUGAGUAUAGCACUUGCAGGAAUUAUCUUGGGUGUGUAUAACUCAUGAUAAUAGGAUGCCACCACGGAACUGCCGAGUGUGAGUACAGCGCAGGCAGGGCAACGAUGUCUCGAGGGAACGGCCGAGUGUGAGUACAGCGCAGGCUAGACUAGUAGCCACCGUGGGAAUGCCGAGUGUGAGUACAGCGCAGGCAAGGCAGAUUACAUUUCAUGUCCGAUCAACAUGACUUGUUAGUAUUUAUGUGUGUGAGUGUAACUCACAUUAUGUUAGUGUGAUAUGGUGUUUAUAUAUCACACGAUGAUUAUUGUGCUUAUGAUGUUUAUUUAUGUUUAGUUGAAAGUUUAUGUUUUCUGGUUUGGGGAGUUAUGUCCUACAUAGCUCUUCUUACUGGGCGUUAGCUCACGGGUACUCUGUGUGCAG